GAGUAGACUGCCCGACGUGUUUCGGUUUCGGUUUCUCCCGCGUUUGUGAAGGAUUUUAUCGAAUGACCCGAUGGGAGUUUUAAAUUUGUGCUAAGAACACUUGUUUUCAUAAAAAGUGGUUAGGGAUAUAUUGAUAGUAGGAAGUCGACAUAAUAAUGUAGAAAGCACUUAUGGACCACUUUAUUCUGUCUGCAUUUAGGAUUCAGUUCUCUAGUUAACCGGAAUUUAUUAUAGCUACGUAUGAACUUUCGUUUUAAAGUCUCAGAAUCUUGUUAAAACAAGUUCUCCUAUUUUUAACUACUUAACGUUGUUUCCGACUUGGUACAUAGGACGAACAACCAGGUAGUAGACUAAGGCGACGUUUAUUUGUCGUAUCUCUAUGACUGGUAUUCUUAGCUGGUAUUGCUGACUUUGAAGCAAACCCCAAACGAAUCCUAUUUUUCUUCCACUGAUCAUGUGAUAUUUCUGCAGACUUUUUGUUGAGCAAACCUUGUAUAUGUAUGGUUGGUGGAAAAUAAUGGACGAAAUAUUGUUUUCGCGUGUUGCGUAGUUCAGACUUAGUAUUGGUAGUUAACAUUGUAGAGGUCACUCUGUCUAGUAAACCUUGUCGUCUGGUAUCUUUUUGAAAUCCCUAAUGAGCAACGUAAUAUGUACUUUGAAGCAGUUUUUAGUAUCUGAUGAAAUAAUGGUUUUCAAUAAAUAGCUAGCGGCUAUCGUACUUGCUAAGUAAAUGCUUUCUUGGGGAUGUAGUUUUCAUUUUCUGUCGACUAUACGGCUCUAACACCUUUAUGCUGGUAGUCACUCCGUCCGUUUAAUGCCCAUGUAGUGAAAAUAAAUUUACUCAGAUUAGUCGUUAAGUACAACCAUGUGAACAGCGUCACUGCAGGGACGAUGUGUGAGACGAUUUUAUGGUUGGAACUCGUCCAUGUGAUUAAUGGCUUGAGAUAUCAUUUGUAGGGGUUGCAUGUAAGCAGAGUUUGGACAAUCUUCACUGAAAUAUGUUUUGCUGGAAUUUAGGCGUAAACUGAUUAAGUUCACACAACACUUGAGUACAUCUAGAAAAGCUAACAAAUGAAACGGUAGGACGUAGUGAUGUUGAAAUUAGGAAGUGGAGGAUACCCUAGUUAAUAGUAUGAAGUAAUUCAAGAACUCAGUUCUUCAGGGGUUGGGUAUAAUUGUGAACAAAUGCUUUCUGGAUAAAAAGUAACGUCAUCCACCAGAAGUUUGCAAACAAUUAGAUUCAGCUAGUGACCAUUUAGCCCAAUUGAAUGAUCGUCCGAAUCAGUUACUCGUUCUAGAUUAAAAUUAAAGUUUAUUUAAAUAAGUGUAUAUAAAAAGUAAGACUUCCAGGCCGUGUUUCCAUUUCCUGCAACUAAUUUUGUUUCUUGGGAAAACUUAUAUAGAAAAUAUCAAUGGCUCAGUGGGGCUCAUAUGGUUCUUACUGGCAAGGUGCUUGUCCAGGAUAUUAUGAUUAUACACAACCUGCUCAGACAUAUGAUUAUAACCAUCAAACCAUUCCAGUUUCAUCAGUUCAAGAAAAGCCUUCCACACCUCCCCCACCCGGAGUAGAAUCUACUGCUCCCAAGAUGGAUGGAACUGUUACAAUGACAAGCUCCAUUUCAGCAACUUAUGACACAUCGUGGUGUACUUCGACUCCAUUUCAUUCUCAAAACUACGCUUGUGCUUAUACUUAUUCACCUGCGCUCCCACCCCGUCAACCGGUCAUGUUCGACCCAAGUCCACAGAGGCCUAUGAUGCCAAACGUUUCGUAUCCUUCAUAUGGUUCUCCACAGUUCCCGUUGCAUAUGCGAAGUCAGUUAGGGUGUAACUGGAACGCAGCUAGACCUACUUAUGGUUAUCCAGUUAAUGGAGGUGCGGUUCAGUCGUUUGGUAUGUGGCCAGACGGAAGACCAUCUGUUCAUUCCAAUGGUUUGGCAGUGACGGGUCCACGGUUUCCAUUCCAGAGUACUUUAGAUUCUCCAAACACAGUGGCUAGUGAAAAUACUGCGAAUACCCCAAUUUCUAAAGAAGUCUUACAGCAACCACCUGCUAGUUUUCAGGACAAAGGAGCAAAAGAGCAGUGGAGCGAUGAACUCAAGGAGUACGUCCAGCGAGCUUUUUGCAGCAUUGAUACAAGUGAAGAAAAAGAUCAAAUGGAACGGAUUUUAAAAGAAAAAUUGGAGUACGUUUUUAGAAAUAACAUCAAGGUCGAUUGGAAGACAGAAAAUAUCCCAACUAUCCCUAGUCGUGCGAUUGCUAGUUUCCGUAAAUCCUUCAAUAUCAGGGGUAAUUCUGUCAAUGUCGUGCGACCUGUUCAACUUCCCAGUCCUCGUGGACUUCGCCCAACGGGUCCAUCAAGGGGAGCUCCUGCACGUCUUCCUGUUGGGCUUUUGUCGAGAGGUGGCCGCAAUGUGUUUUCAUCUUCAGUUGUUAAGAGUGUAUCACCAUCCAAAAAGUUGCCAUCGAAAUCUCGCUCACCUAGUCGUUCUCCUGUUUCCAAACCUCUAAAAGAUUGGCAGAGAAAGCGUUUAUAUAGAUCCAGGUCUAGUUCAUCUUCAAAAUCACAUGGCUCCCCUCAUUCUUCAUCCUCAAGUAGUUUCAAGACAAAACGCCAUCGGCGUCGGGACUCUCGGUCGCGCUCUGGUUCUCGGCAUGCACAGCGAAAAAUGAAUGAUGUAAAGGAUUCUCAGAAAAGUACACCGCAGUUAGCCACCAGGGGGAAUUCCAAAGGUAGACGGCGGAGACGUGGUUGUGCUUCGAAUGCCGACUCAAGUGCGGACGCAAAUACCUCUAAUGAAGAUGGAACAGCUGUAAGGGGUCGUGGACGUGGCAACUGGCGUGGUAAACGUGGAAAUAUUUCAAAGCACACUCCUCCAAGUGAAUCUCGCCUUACACAACGAGCCAGUAGAUUUAAAGAUCAUCUAGUGCAGUCACCUAUUGGAUCAGGUUCCAUUGGACGAACCACCAGUCAGUUGCUUUCGAAUUACACUGACGAACGUGAUGAUCUAGCUGUUGAUUUUGGCAGCUGUCAAAUCAUUGGUACCAUGCAAGAAAUAGAAAAACAAUACUUAAGACUGACUCGAGCCCCAGAUCCUACAGAAGUGCGACCCUUAGCAAUUUUGAAGCUUUCUUUGGAGCACGUCAAAGAAAAAUGGCGUUCAAAUACCGAUUAUCACUGGGUGUGUGAGCAGUUCAAAAGUAUACGUCAAGACUUAACUGUACAAGGUAUCGAAGAUGAUUUUGCAGUAUCAGUUUAUGAAGCACAUGCAGAUGUAGCCUUAGAAGCUGGUGAUUUUGAAGAAUUUCAUCAAUGUCAAAGUCAGUUGCUUCGUCUCCAUAAAGAAGGCUUAGGUGUUAGUAGACUGCUAGAAUUUACUGCCUACAGACUUCUUUAUUACAUCUUCACUCUCGAUAUUUUAGGUAUCAAUACUAUCAUGGCUGGUUUACGUCCAACUCACAAAACUAAUCCAUGUAUUUCAUUUGCUUUAAAACUCCGGUCAGCGUGGUCGUUGAGUAAUUAUCAUCGUUUCUUCAAACUUCUUUGUCCAGCUAAUGAUGAUCAACAACCUCCUUUACGGUGCAAACAUGUUGUAAACUGGUUUGUUGAUCGUGAAAGAAAAGAGGCUAUCAGACUAAUGUUUAAGGUGUACGUUGUGUUGUGAUUUGUGAUAAUAGUUUUAUAACUUGUAGGUGGUAUUAUUAGGGUCACUAAUGGUAGGGUUGUUUCUAGCGUUAAAAGAAAGAAAAAGCUAUACUUAGUCAUCUAAGUUUGUUUAUGAUCGUUCAGGGAAUGAACUGUUUUUUUCACUUAUCACAAAUAUUGUUUUAUUAUCACUAGCUAGUUCAUUUUAUUAUAACUACUGCUAUUAAUUAAUGAUUUUGACUUAUACUAGGAAGAACUAUGACAGCAGUCAUCAUCACAACACAAGACAAUGAUAGUUUAAAUGAUGCUGUUAAUAUUUCUUCUGCUUGAAUCGAUUGAAAGAUAUCAGUCAUUACAAAAUUCAGCGCCUUAAAUACGGUUUCUAUUUAGGGUUAAGUUUUUAAAUGAUCAUUGGCUUAAUAGUCACCCAGAUCUCGUAACCAAUGGUUGGAGACUGGAUGACAUGGCUCGAUCACAAAGGCGUGGGUGUAUACACUCUUUGUCUUUCCUUAUACCGUGAGAUUAAAAUUGCUUUAUAUCUUUCUACGAACUGAUUCUUUCUCCCUGUAUCAUAUCAUUAUAUAAAAUCUUUCUUUCAUAUAUUACUACCAUUGAAGUAACUAUUUCUGUGAAUUUAGUGUUCAUCUUGUGCUAAUAAGGUGUGGUAACUUGGACCGAUACAUAUAUGUACCUGGUCGUACGUUAUAGCUGACUCAUUGACUAAUAGUCGAUGUUGUAAUCUUGAUAAAGUUUCAAUCGAAAAUGUUUUCUUACGUAGCGAAAUCGUACUAGAACUGCACAAAUAUUAAACACUAAAACUGUCCAUUAGGACAUUUUAUGCAACAAAUAUUUGGAAUUUUGUGAAUUUUCUUUCACUACUAGAUCAUGUCACUUCAUUAAGUUUAAAAGUCGGAUGUGUUGUAGCUCACUGACUAACUGAUGGAUGUGUUGAAAGUGUAAGCUCAUUAAUAUUUAAGUUCUUUGUGUCUAUUAGAACGAUAGGCCUAUUUUUUCCUUUGCAGUAAUCAUCAAUAUGUAUACUCAGCCUUUAACACCUAAUCUAACUUUUGUGCUCUCAAAUUUUGACGAUUACUUAAUAUUAGUCAGAAUAAUGUUUAACGUUAUGUGUUUUAGUAUAUUUUUUGUGCCUAUAUCAUAUUUAUCCGUCUUAGUAUGUAUGUAAGUUGUGGUAGUUUACUUUUUAAUGGAAAAUUAAUUUCAUGGAAAUGUUCCGCUUUCUCUCUUCUUGUACUUCACUUGCUAUCGGAAAAGUCUGUUUCUUGUUAAUUUUAUUUCGAUGCUUUCUAUUUGAGUAUACAUAUAUGCACUCAAUUUUUGUAAUUAAACUUUUUCUUAAUAGAUUUUUGUGCUUCCUUCAAAGUCAUAAAUCUUUAAGGUAUACGGCUUUGUAAUCUUUUUACGUAUUCAGUUCAUGUUUAUGUUUUAAUUUUGCAUACUGAUAAUUCUGAAUUUUUUUCUAUUUACUACUAUCUGCAAAUACCGUAUACGUGAAUUUCGCUUGAUGCCCUCAACGUAUUCGUUUGUUUUCAAUAUGGAUUCUUCCACUACACUUGCUAAUGUUAAUUGCUUAUUUCAAUUAUGAUCUUUUUUUUUGAUCUUUCAAACCCAUUUCCUACGAAAUAUCCUCACUAUUUUUAGUUUCCGUCCUACAAUAAGUCUUUCGUUUAUAUCAAAAUUAAUCGGGUUUUCCUCUACUGCUUUAUGUAAAGAUUUUAUUUGUAAAGAAUUUACUCUACCAGAAUCCAAUUUGGAGCCGAUAGAAAAAAUCGAUGCGAAGGUUGUUUGGAGUCUUAUGUGUUCACAGUCAACAUGAGUCGAUGCUGCUACUUCAUCGUUCAUCUGGAUGUUCGUUCCUACAAUGUGGCAUUAAGUUCUUCAGUGACGGUUAUAUUUCGUAAAUAAUAUCAGAUUAUUGUACAUAAGUUUAUAUAUAUUAUCAGGAUAAUUCUAUUUCCACAUA